AUGAAGAAGCCUGGUUCGAGAGUUGCGGCUUCGCAGCUCGAUGCCCAUCAGGCCGGCCCGCCUGGUGCUGAUGAAGUGGGCUCUGGUGACGUUUUGCCCGCGGGUGCUCUGUCUCCGGUCGACCCCGACCAAUCUAGCCCAUCGUAUCAACGCAGUAACGCGUUUUUUAUGAUGUGGGAGCGCGGCGAGGGCUUGAGCAGACUGCCCCGCAAGAGUUCCGGGACUUUGAACCCCGCAAGUCCCCAGGAACAGUCUACUCCGGGCAUGACCAGAAAGUAUUCUGGUCUUGACUACGAUGGGGAACUGGCACUGCCCAUGCCAAAGCCGCGUGUCCGGGGCGAGCAUGCCGGUGAUGAGAAGUCCUCACAGGGUGUGGACAUUCCGCGGCCCUCUUCUCAUCCCCGCCUGCUGAAGAAGCGUUCGGUGCCAGAUGCAGCACGAGCAAAGGCCGCAGCUGAGCUGGUCACAUCGGCAGACGGGAAGAAACCGACCCGUCUUGAAGCUAUCAAGUCAAAGUUUAGCUUCAAAGACCUUCGCAAGGAAGCCGCCAAAGGUGAUAGCACACCUACCCCCGUCCCCCGCAUGCCUUCUAUCGAGAAGCAGAGCGACCUCCCGCGUUCCACCACUGGCAGUGGUACGGCAGGCUUGACACCCAGUGUCCACAACUUCAGGCCCACUCCUCAGCCUGGGCAGACUAUCAAAGCCUCUGCCAUUCCUGCCACGUCUCCUGCGUCUCCGUCACAGCACAGCACGGCCCCCAGCAGAAUCCCGCUUGCUCCUUCGGGGCCGUACGCCCACGCACAGGGGUCUAUGACUGCUUCGAGAUUUGGGGCGGGUCAGCGAGUCGAUAGCUGGGGACAGGUGAAGACCAUUGCUGAGCGCGUGGAAUCCAAGGAAGUCCCAACCACUACCAAUAAGGGGAGUAUACCAAUUCCCUAUGGAAGGCCUAGACUGAGCCCUCUGGCGGCUCGCCCUGAGUCUGAGGCUUCUGCCACAACGAGCUCCCUCCUGGCACGUUGGGACCCCGCGCCUGACUAUGCUCCUACUGGAGGCUCGCCCCCAAAAUUGAGUGACCUCACAGAGGGCUCGGGCAAGGUCAAGUAUCUCCCACGGGGCUGGCUGGAAACCUUCUCUCCCUCAACCCCUUCUCCAGCUGCCAAAUACACGCGUCCAGCACCAACUCCGUAUCGACAGACCACACCACCCUCAGAUCCACCGCUCAACUUCAUGCCCGGAUUCGAGGAGCGUCUUGAGACGAUCAACCUGUCGCUCGACAAGCCGACCACGCCAGAAAUGAAGGACCUCGACACAGCUGAAAACAAGGAGGUUGUUGACAUGAUUCUGGCCAUCCAGCAGAAAGCGGACUCUGGUAUCAGCAGUCUGACUCGUGAACUGAAAGAGCUGUCGCAGUGGAUCAAGGAUCAGCUCAGCAAUCAAGUGACCAACGUUAGAGAUCUUCAACGCACGGAUGCUCAAUUUGAUUCCCGCCAGCGCGAGAUUUCUCAGAAUAUGAGGAAGUUGAAGCUGGAUAUGGAAGUCAAGAUGGGAGUGAUGGACCAGCGCUUGGUCACUGUCGAAAGCAGACUUGGGGAAGGAACUGGGCAGCGCUUCCACUCUGUUGAAAGUAAGCUUGACGAGGGAGCAGAUCAGCACACGAGCCUCGUCGACAACAGACGUUGGGAGGACUUGAACGCCGAGCUUCAUAAAGUGGCUCUGUCUAUGCAGGAUCUGACCCAGAGAACUGAAGACGCGAUUAAAAGGUGGACUGCCGGCUCUGACAAAGCUGCUAAAUUGAUGAAAAAGCAAGAGGCGCACAUCGUUCAGAUGGAGAAUGAAAUCGCAGAACUCCACCAGAAGCAGGCAAACCAACCCAAAUCACUCCCUUACCCCGGUUUUGCUCAACGAUUCGUUGGUGAAUCUACCACUACAAGCACUGAGCCGUUAAUCAAACAGCCAGAAUCUCCACUCCCGCCAAUGCGCAUCUCUCCUCUGCCGCGUUCCGUGACAGCCAUCCCGUCCCGCCAACGAGAAAUGCCCCCUGCGAAAAGCAAGACCAGCUCCGUGAUCCCGCGCAGCCUUUCUAUGAAAAAGGGCCUUUCGAAAGUUGACUCUAACAGUCCAGAAUCCCGAAGCAAAAUCGAGAGGGUUGGCAGUGCCGAGCACUCAAAGAGUAAGGUUGGAGGUACCGAAGAAUCAAAGAAGUGGAACAUUUUCAGCUUCCGUCGACGUGACACAAAGAACGAGGACCCAGAAAACGGCUCGAGCAAGCUCUCUUGGCUUCCUCGUCGCUCCAGAGACGGACGACCCUCGGACAACGCCAGUUCGCGUUCGGUCACUCCCCCUCCACCUAUCCCCCGCAAUAUCCUUCAGAACAUUGAGAAUAACAUCCAAGCAGCAAGCCAAAUCCACCCUGCCCUCCGCAACAGAGUCCAGCAAGCCGUCAUGCAUGAUGAGUCCCUGAGUAUCCCGUCGACUCCAUCAACCGCGACCAUGCCUGCACGGAUGGGCAGUCGGCUUUCCCGCCCUGACAGUCAGCAUAUGGGUGUCAUCACUGCAUCCGUUGCUCCCAGCUUGGCGUCCUCUUAUGAUCUCCGGGCAGCAAGUGGGGAUUUGUGUUCUCCUGAUCGGUACAGAUUUAACAAAGACCCAUUCAUGCAGGUUCCGAAGACACCGAUUGCCAUCCGUUCAAUUGAAGACAUGCGCCGGCCCCUUCUCAACCGCGCGGACGAUGAGAGCCAUGACUGGGAUCGGUGCUCCUUGCAUGAGGCCAAGUCUACCGCGUCUCUGCGGUAG